AUGAAUGCCAGCGCCACCCUCCAGCGGCUCCUCCUCCUCCACGCCGAGCUUUCGUUGUCGCCCACGCCCGUGCCCGGCGCCUGGCGCAGCCACCGCCCCUCCCAGCCGCCGUCCCGUCCCUGCGCCACCGUCUUCUUUCGCCACCUCCGCAAGACGGGUGGCACCAGCCUCCGCGCGCUCUUCGUUUCUGACCCUUCCUUUGAGGUGGUCAUGCUGACGCCCUCGACGGACCUGGCGGCGGGGCGCAUCUCGCAGGGCUUUGUGAACGCGCUCCUGACAAACGACACCCUCGCCGCGUCCCACCCCCGACUCUUCAUCGAGUACCACUCGCCCUACUGGCUCAACGGAGGGCCAUUCCUCACGCUCCUCAAAGACAUGCCUGUCUGGCGAGCAGCGCAGGAGCGGCGCGGAUGCAGAGCCGUGGCCUUGACUGUGCUGCGCGAGCCAGUGAGCAGACUCGUCUCCGACCACGGCUAUUUCAGCACCAACAUGCCACGCGUCUUCCCCUGGAACUUGCUGCAGCACGGACGAAUCGAGUUUGAGGCGCAGCUGAGGCACCUGCUGCUGCCAUUCAGCCCCGGCGAUGUCGGCUUGCCGGCCAGCCAGAGGGGUGAGCGCAACGCGAGCGCACUGGCCGCGGCGGCUGACCUGCUGGUCGAGCAGGCGCAGCACUGGCACGGCGGAUUGUUUCGCGACGCGGCCUCUGCGGUGGCAUUGGCCAAUCGCAUCCUCGCACACUUCGACCUCGUCGGCGUGACGUCCCACCUCGACGAGCUGCAGGAGGUGUUGACCCGCGAGCUCGCGCUGCGAGAUGCCUCUGGCGGCUGCGCCCGUCCACGUCACGCCAACCUCGUCUCCAACAAGACGCAGGCCACGCUGGCCGCGCUGCUGCAGCAAGACGAGACCCUACAGGCGCUCUGCCGCGCGCUCGACUCCGCGGCAGCGCACGACUGCCGAGAGCGCGUAGCGCGAGAGGCGUUGCGGGCACAGACGCCUGUGUCGGACAAGGUGUACCAGCAUUGGAGAGAUCGGUGGGAGGGAGCCGAAUCGAACCGAAGAUCGACCGGCACCAGGGAGUGCGCCGGCGCGGCCGCGGACGGAGCUGCAACUCGCAAGCCGGAACGCGGAAGCGGAACGCGGAAGACGGAUGCGAGAGAGGAGUAA